AUGGAUAUUCCAUUCGCCGUGUCGUGGAAAGAUAGUGUAGCUACGACGGGUGGAGAAGUGAGCAAUCUUUUUGCGUCGUUCUUUGGCAGCAUCUAUGCAGGGAAACUUAAUGAAAAUGGGGAACCAAUGCCCACAGCUCAAGCUGCGGAAGCAUUGACUAGUUACGAUGUGAAACUAUCGGAACUCACCAUCCGCUUCGAUGAAGUGUACGAGCAAAUGUGCAAACUAGAUGGAAAGAAGGGAGCCGGACCAGAUGGAAUACCAAACAUAUUACUGAAGAGCUGUGUAGUCGGACUGGUCGAACCAAUAACCCACAUCUUUAGUAAAUCACUGGAGAUGGGUAUUUUUCCAUCGGCGUGGAAACGCUCGUAUAUUUGUCCAAUUUACAAGGCAGAGUCGAGAUCUGAGGUGUCCAACUACAGGCCAAUAUGCAUACAACAUAGUUUUGCUGCAGGUGAAUUUCGCCUUCAAGAAUACGAUCUCGACCAAGCAACAUGGGUUCUUUGGCGGCAGGUCUACGACUACAAACCCUUACCUGUAUGUCGACCACGUACUGAGAGCGUUGGACAAGGGUGA